UAUAUAACACACACAAAAUGUUUUAUUGUCUUAAAUAUCCUUAACCGACUUACACCAUUUCAAAAUGUUAAAGAAUUAUACGUUUCCAAUUCAAUAUCAUUCAAGAUAUUAAAGCUUAAUUAAAAAUGUAAGAAGCACAAAAUUCAUCUUGAAUUUGAUAGAAAUAAACACUAAAUAGAGAUUUAUCUCGUCACUCUUGACUACUAUCGUAGUCAAGUUACAGUUACAGUUUACCGUGAAGUGAUAUCGUAUCACUUCACUGAUAUGGUUUUUAUUCACGGCUUUAUUUCACGGAUAUCGAGCUUAAAUGUGUAAUAWAUCUUUAUGCCUCCAUUUAAUAUCCUCUUUGUAUGUAAGGUUUUUUGGCCGGAAAAACGACCCUCUAAGAGUCCUACCUAGCAUGUAUAAAGUUAAUUAAGUAAUUAAUUAACCAAAACAAAAUACUUUGUGUGACGUAAUUCACUGUCACGCACAACAGACAAAUUUAACUCGUGACGUAAGGAAAACAGUGAGCCAUGCAUUUCGCUAUCAGACUCGUGUUCAGCGAUUGUUUUUGAGGUGGCAAAGGUAGCAUACCGUUCUAUUUAGCAGGAAAAAUAAAUUUGCCACACAUUUGAACUUUGAUUACAUUGGAUUUGUAAUUCUAUACGUUCGUAAAAAAUUCUGAGAAGUCCUUGGAAAACCGGAAGUCCAGUUGGAGUUCUUGGAAAACAGAGAAGUUCAUUCAACAAAAGGGUAUUUUUAAUACGUGUGUACAAGACUUACGAACCUUCAAGCUCAUUUAUCAGUUGGACGAUGAACUUGGCAGCAAAACCAUCUAUGGCUUCCCUAUCAACCGCAAACACGACCACUUCGCUCUCUGUCACAAAUGCCUCCAUGUUACUUACAAUGGCUGUUUUCACUGUGUUUGGUAACGGUCUUGUUCUUGUCAUCUUAUGGAAAGAUCCUGCAAGAGAGUUGAGAUCAAUGUCCAACCUAUUGAUCGCCAACCUCGCAAUCAGUGACCUCAUUCUCGGUCUAUUCGGCGAGCCGCUCUUUGCAUCCAAUCACUGGAUCGGUAACUCGACGUUGUACCUCACGUCAAGGUGUGUCAUUGAUCUAUCUCUUGUUUCAUCGUUCAUGAGCAUCUUGGCUUUGUCUCUGGAGAGUUACUUUAUGUUGAAGACGGAGGGUCGGUUCAGGAGCUCUUUUCGCAGACUCCAUGUUAUAGCUUGUACUGUUGCGAUCUGGACGCUCUCCACAAUUAUCAGUUCCCUGAUCUUUGCAUUCUCUGAAGAGAACUACAAAUUCAUUCUGGCUUUUGGAGUUGGUGCACCCAUCUUUGUCGUAAUGUUAAUCGUUUAUAUCAAAAUCUAUUUGGUCAUCAAACGAGUCUACCGCAAAGACUACAAGACUAUCAGAGAAGCAGUUGACAGUAGCAUUGACGAAGUGGAGCGAAAAGCAGAGAGAAUUCGGGCAAAAGAACUAAAAGUUGCUUGGACAAUCUUCACUAUCGUUGGUGUUUUGUUCUUCUUUUGGAUUCCAGCCAUCGUUUCGGAUGCCCUGGGGAAGUUUUGUGCUCCUGUCAUGUCGUGUCACUUGGAUAAGAAUCUGUCCGAUUCAAUGGUCAUUAUUGGUUUCCUUAAUGCGGCUUUCAACCCUGUAGUGUAUUCUCUGAGAACUAAAAAGUUCAGAAAAGCGGUGCAUUUGAUUCUUUUCGCUUCCAGUAACAACAGCAAAUCUUUGAUGCCGUUGAUUGCAUGAAGAAAGAAGCCUCCCUUUUCCGACCUUAGCAACAACAACAACAACAACCAAAAAAAACAAAAAAAAAAAACAAAAAGUAAAAAAUGA